UUGGCCUCCAAACACCCCAACCUGGCCAUCAUCUCGCUUGAUGUCCGCGACCCCGCCAGCAUCAAGGCGGCUGCAGCCAGAGAUGGGGCGCAGCUGGGGGGCUCGGGGCUGAACCUCCUCAUCAACAACGCUGGAAUUUCCAAGUUGAAUUUGCUUGAUAACGAGACACUGGAGGACAUGACCCAGACGUACACCACUAACACGAUUGGGCCCCUGCUGAUGGGCCAGGCGUUCCUGCCCCUGCUGAAGAAGGCUGCCCAAGGGAGCCCGGGCUCAGCGCUGAGCUGCAGCAAGGCAGCCAUCAUCAACAUUUCCAGCUCUGCGGGCUCCAUCACU